AUGUAUCUUGUACAACUAUAUUUAUUACCAAUUAUUGGACUUAUUGGAAUUAUAUUUAAUUGGCUACUUAUCUUAGCAAUACAAAGAAAAACUUAUCAUUAUCAACAUGCUCAACGAAUACCAAGCCCAGUAUUAACUAAAACAUUACUGCGUACACAAUCCUCAAUAGCAGGACAGAUUAUUCAACCACCAAUAUUACCAUCAGUACGUUCAUCAAUAUCAAUGUUUGAUAAAUUUAUUCUAGCUUUUUUAAUCAAUGAUAUAUUUGUAUGUAAUUUUUUAAUACCAUUACGUUUACUUGAUAUAUCUCAAGGUUUAUCAUGUGGAUUUCUUUGUUUUUUAUUUAAUUUCUUGGAAAAAUUAUCCACAACAGUUGAAUUAAUUAUAAUUAAUUUACUUUUAAUAACAUCAUUAAUAUUUUUUUGGAAAAAACGUUUAUUAACAAAAAAAUUAUGGAUUAUACUAUUUAUAUUUAUGAUGCCAAUUUUAAUUAGUUGUCUAAUCACAACAAUAACUUAUAUUGAUGUUGAUGAAUAUGGAUAUAAUAAUCGUCCGCCAACAUGUAAACAAACACAUGUUUAUAUAACUGCACCAACAGAAAAAACACUCAAUACUAUUUGUUGUUUCAUUACAUAUUUUCUUAUAUUUAUUAAUUUUAUUUUACUUAUUAAAAUGCGAUUGGCUAUUAAAAUCUAUAGACAAAAUGCAUUGAAAAAUCUUACUGAAGCUGCAGUUACUCCAACAAAAACAGGAAGAUCUAUAUCUGAACAACCUAGUCUCGAUACAAAUUAUCGUCGUUCAAUGUAUUAUUCAGCUUCAAUAACAGCAGAAAUUGGAACUCCAAAUGCAACACCACCCAUACGACGUUCAUUUCAACAAAUUGAUUAUAUAACUUAUUUAACAGUUAUUGAAAAUAGUCAUACACUUAUUCGUUCAACAUGUUUAAUUUUAGUUAUUUAUUUACUCGUACAUAUACCUUAUUGGUUUUAUGCAUUAUCAAAAAAUCCAUUGUCAUAUGAAUUAAAAGAUAUCUUUUUCCUAUGUCAUGUAUGUAAACCAUUUUGUUAUAUGUUAACAAAUGAAAAAUAUCGACAACAUAUAUGGGCUAUAUUAAAAUGUAAAACAUUUCGAAUAUUACCGAAUCUUUUACGAACAAAAUCUCGUAUUGUUUCAUUAAAUAAUAAUUUAAGUAUAUAA